AUGUCUGAAUACGCUGAAGCCCACCGGUUUCAGCCUCACUACUACCCUGACGAUACUGCGCAAUUCUGGGAGAGACGUGUCCUGCGACGAAACGAAUACUCCUACAAGAAUCUUACCGGUUCAUUUCUAGGAGACCUGCCUGCAAGGGUUGAUUCGGUCCUCAGUUGGGACGGCUCCGCGCUCAAACCAACCGAUUAUGUUUUCCAACUCGAUGAGACGCACCUUCAAGAGAUCAAACAUGCAUGUGCCGAGUUCAUGGAAUCCGGUCAAAAGCUACGCGAAAUUUCGCCCAAGACCUUCAGCAUACCAUUGUUGGCAGAGGCCUUAGCGGAGAGGCGACCGACGCUACACGCUGGAGUUGGUAUGUUGCUACUUCGGGGCCUUGAUCCGGCCAGCUUCAGCCGUAGAGAAAAUAUCUGUGUGUUUGCUGGACUCGCAUCGCACCUGUGUGAAGAAUUUGGCAGGCAAUCUGGUGGCAAGGUUCUUACCCACAUCAAAGACUUAGCUUCCAUUGAUAAGCGGAACGGUCUGAACGGAUGUGCAGCACCGUAUUGCAACGUCGCGCUUCCACUUCAUACUGACAGCGGCGACGUGGUGGCAAUGUACACUCUCGAAACGACAGCUACCGGAGGCUACGGUACCUUUGCCUCUGUGGGAUCUAUAUAUAAUCAGCUAGCUCGUGAUGACCCUGAACUGCUGGCCGUUCUAUUCAAGAAUGGCUGGCCCAUGGACCGGCACGUAAUGUCUUUAUCUCCGAUUGAGUGGUUUUGUAGUCUGCUGAUAACUUGUUAUAGUCCACCGGACAAGAAAGGACUGGAUGGAAACGGCCUCUACUACCGUCGACCCGUUAUGUUCAUGCACAAGGGUGCACCAGAGAUGGCCUUUAGCCGAGGCGCACUCAUACGUUCUCCACGUGGGACAAGGUCCUUAGAAAUCCCGAAUAUCACGAUGCUUCAAAACGACGCACUAGACGCCGUACACUAUGCAGCUCACCAGAGCCUGCACCGCAUCGACUACGAGACAGGAGAUAUGUUGUUCUUCAACAACCGAAAGAUCAUACACGGCCGUGAUGAGUUUCACGAUGGCAAGGGUAAAACUCGACACAUGUUGAGACUUUGGCUCAAAGACGAAUCCAUGGCAGGAUCGCCGCCUCAUCCCGCUCUGCAGCUCCAGUGGGGCAACAUCUUUCGGGCUGGGCUUUCUGAUACUCCAGAGGAUUCAGAAUGGCCCAUGGAGCCGGAUAGACUUUGA